GUGGAUUGUUUCAUUGCUGCUGCUGUUCCUGUUGCUUUAAAACAUCUGGUCUGGUGAGCCGUGGAUGAAACCUCACAGUGGACUAUGACUUUGUGUCUGCUUCAUGUCAGACAGCGUUUAUGCAUGGAUAUAUGUGUGUGUGAUUUUUCUUUCAUAACCCAAACAGCCACUUUCCCAUCCUCUAACCAACUCUCCCCGCUGGGUUCGGCACUUUGGUGAAACUCCACUAAAAAUUUCUCUUUCCCUCUCGGCUGCCUGCUGCACUGUCUCCACUUACACGGUGACAUCACUGGAGUUUCCCUUCUGCUGCAGCGGCAGCCGCUGCCACUGCAUAAAUACUACAAGCUCUCUGGCAGAAGUUCACUCUAACACAAUAGCACACACAAAGAGAGAAGUAUCAGUCCAGAGCACAGCAUGGAGGAGUACACAAUCACACCGGGUGACGUGGAGGUCGGCGUGGAGGAGAGGACGGUGGUUCUGGUAGGCAAGAAGUCAUCAUCGUCCUGGAUGUGGAAGGUGUGCGGGGCCCUGUUCGUGGUGGCCCUUUGUUUCGGAGGCGUCCUCAUGUUUGCUUGGCAGUGGAACGGGAGGUCAGAAACAAAGAUGCAAUCAGGUCAAAGAGAAGCUCUAAUCGGGAAGGACGGUGCCGAGAAAACAGAUCCCCACUACACGCUGAGUCGAAUCAGCAGCAAAGCCAAGGCAGCCAUCCAUUUAGAAGGCAACUACGAUGAAGGCGAGAACUCUGAGCUGGAGUGGACCAACGGUCAGGGCCAGGCGUUUGCUCAGGGCGGCUUCCGGCUGGACAACAACCAAAUCGUGAUCCCGCAGACCGGCCUCUACUUCGUGUACAGUCAGGCGUCGUUCAGAGUGUCCUGCGGCGACGAGGAUGGAAGACGCCUGGCGCCUCUCAGCCACAGGAUCUGGCGCUACUCAGACUCGGUUGGAAGUAAGGUGUCCGUGAUGAGCGCAGUGAGGUCGUCGUGCCAGAACACGGCUCAGGACGACAGCCUCAGAGACGGGCAGGGCUGGUACAACGCCAUCUACCUGGGCGCCGUGUUUCAGCUGAAUAAAGGUGACCGACUGUGGACAGAAACCAACCAGCUGUCGGAGCUGGAGACCGAAGAGGGCAAGACUUUCUUCGGGGUUUUUGCACUUUGAACUGAACAGAGACUUUGAUUUGUUUAACUUUUAUCAUCCUCGUGGUGAUGUAGAAACGUUUAAAUCUCAUUUGAGAUGGAGUGCUGAAUUUUUAAAAACCCUAUAAACUGUAACAGUUUGCAAUGUUUUUUCUAUUUUAGGCACUUUUUUUUAACAUUAUUUAUGCUGACCUGAGAUUGUAGAAGACUCAACUUUCUCUGCUGUACCACAUGAUGACACAGCUCUUCACCAGAGAGUUCACGUACAGACGAUCAUUGCCUAUUACAAGCUGUAUGUAUUUAUUUGUAUUUAUUUGUAUUUAAAUUGUGGGACUAGCUGUUUAAUGAUAUUUAUGUACUUUGUGCACAUAAUUAAAAUGCAAAAAACGACAAAAGAUGAAGUCAUUUCAUAGCUGAGAUACCAAGGCAUAAAUGUGCAGCUGAGUUGGCAGACGCACACACUCGCACACAAACACUUGGCAAAAGUCGCGCUGAAAUUCCUCCACGGCCAGCAAAUACUUCCUUUGUUAGAUCACACAAGUGGAGGGGAAUUUCCUACUUUUUUUUCAAAUCUUGCCGAAUGCUGUGUCAGGUGGAGGCCCACAGAAGCCUCAACCCAGAGCGGGUUUUCCCCGAUAACACCCCCCCACCUCCACACACUCCCUGCAGCCUCCCUCCUCCUCUACACCACCGGCCCACUAUUACCACAUACCUCAUCGCCAGUCAGCUGGAAACAGACAUGACAGGGUGAGUGUGUGAGUGUGUGUGUGUGUGUGUGUGUGUGUGCCGUGGGAUCAUGGGACUGCAACACAGCUGGUUUUGUCACAAUGUCAUCAUCUUUUAAAAAAAAAACCCAAACACAUCUUACACAAACAACGGAUGCACUUGGGAGCGAUUUGUCUACUUUUGUUUCAUUUAGCCGCAAACAUCCACUUAUUGUCUCGGCUCCUGCUGGGAUCUGCUGCUGGUCAGCGUGUAUGAAAAUCUCUUUCCACUUUUGUUUAACGAGGUCUUCUUUUGGAUUUAUUUGCUCUUUGAGUCCCACAAGCCCACCUGGAGGAAGAUAUCACUGAUAAAUUGACUCAAUCUGACAGUUAAUUGCUCAAAAGGUCACUGAAAGUCAGAAAAGCAACUGGUGACAUCUAGUGGAUGAAGUGAACUGUUUGACUGUUUGUCAUUAAAAAAAAGGUUGUUUAA